AUGGCACCACGUCACGAGAACAGAACAAACCCUUGUACCAACCAUGCCGUCAGCAUCACGGACAAUCGAAUGGAACCAACAAAUGCAUCUACGCCCAUCCUCGAUCUUCCUAUCGAAAUCUUGGACCGGAUCAUCGGAUUUGUGGACACGGACACGCCCCAACACGUUCGCAAUCUCCGCCAGACAUGCAGGACAAUUUCAGAGCUAUGUGAGCCAGCUUUCUGCAACGGCCUCUCCAGCUUGAGCAAAUUUGAAAAGGAUUGUCCGCCAGACAGCUGCAAGAACUACUCCAGCUUGAGGCGAUCCAGUGAGUUUAUCCUCGCAGCACGUCCGGAACGAUAUAACCUCGUGAACACCUUCAUUGCCCACACUAAAGCGGACCGGAAUGAUCGCGGUCAGAGGGGACUGGUCAGGUUCGUCCAUAAGCUUCCGAAGCUCAGAGUCCUACACGUUUGUGACGUUCGAUGCUGCAGAGACCACAAGGGCUUCGGAGAAGACCCGAAAGUGUCAUUUUACCCCCGUGUCAACAACAUGCUGAGCUCCUUGGCCUUCACCGAGUUACGUGAAUGUCGGUUGUGCCCGUUGAGCUACUCUCCGGUUCAGAUUGCUCCUGUUCUCAAGGCGCCGAAACUCACAACCUUAGUAGUAUCUUACCCUACUCUAGAUAGCCUGGACGAAACACUCCCAGCAAUCAACUCCAUACCGCUCAAACACCUUACACUGCUGGUGAAUCCUCGAAUGAAUCGGCAGGCUGUCCACUCCAUCCUCAGCAUGCCAAAAGCGCUGGAGACUCUCGCAUUUGACGACAGCCGGGCGCCGAGCGUGCAAUCAGAAGAUGGAAUGCUAGAAGAGCUCCUACUCACUCUCGCACGUUAUCAGCCUGGCCUCAAGGCUCUGAAGGUGUUUGCAACUGCCCGGAGUGUGCUAUCGGACCCGAGUCUCACUGGCCGCUUUGAUUUCUCUCAACUAACCGGACUCAAAGAACUCAGUUUCUCUAAUCAUCGCACUAUUCCAAUCAAUUGUUUCUUCAACUUGCCAACAGGUCUCGAAAGCCUUCGGUUGAAUAACAACGUGAACACAAUCAUGCUUGCCAAGGCACUCAUCCAACUUUCUUCCAGACCAAACUUCACGUGUCCUCUUCAUCUCGAUAUUGACGUGGAUUACUCACUUCGGGAACACAGCGAUGAAUUCUCGUACUACCUGCGCGACCCAGAUUCGAUAGUGGGACGGACGGUCCUCACUGGCCGUCUACGAGGUAUUGACAUGCUCAUGAGAAAUCUCUUUUGCAAGCAGCUCACUCUGACCGAGAGAGGCUAUACGGCCGAAAGACGGCUGGAAGCAAUCAGGACAUAUCCGGCCAGGGGGAUCAAAAUGGAAAGACCAUACGUGUUGCUGGAAGACACCUACUAUGAUUCGGAGAUCUAUGGUGACCCGAGGCCUUACAUAAUGAAGGGCCGUAAGGGCAACGAUCAUUCGGUAUUUGACGGAUGCAGUUUUCCAUUGAGACGGUGCAGUCCAUACAUGGGAUCGCGUUGGGAUUCGGAUUCGCAUUCGGAUUGA